AUGAUAAAGAUAUUUCUGUUGCCAAUGUCUAUGUCAUGUUCACGCGUAAUAUCGGAGGUGGGAAUACUGUUGUGUUUAUUUGUGGUCGGGACGCGUGGCCGACCGCGUUCAGUACACCGCGCGGAGGACCACGGAACACCGCGCUUACAGCACCGCGCGUUCACCACAUGUGCCCCUAUCAUGGCCAACGAAGACAAACGGAAGAACGAACACACGUUAAAACACCUCCCGGCGGAAGUACUCCACAAAGCGCGGAACACCCUCUUCUCCAUAGGCGCGCUCAAAUCAAAAGACCGACAGAAGAAAGACACGAAGAGCAAGAAAGAAAGGCUGAAGAGCAGCCGAUCGGAACCGGAGUUUGAUGAUCGCAAGGUGAAGCACAGGAGUCGGAUUGACGAUUUUCCAAGAGAGUACAGACCUAGGCCUCUAUCGGUUGGCGCUAAAAGAUAUGAAGAUGAAUAUCACUCCAACAGUGUACCAAAGGACGUGUUACAUAGACGCUUUGAUUCAAACGAUGAGAUCUACGUUCAUUCACGGCUUGUUCUACCAAUGGAUAAGCCAGAUGCAAAUCACGAUGAAAGACCGCGGAAGAAACUAUCGUUUCGUGAACCGGAAAUAGUUGGUGGUAGUGCUACUUUAGGAAGAUCCAGCAAACUGAUGGGUGUAAAUAGUUUGACACGACGAAAUAGGGCAUCUAUAAGGAAUGAGCAUUCUAGUUUAGAAGGCAUUGAUUCGGAUUUAGAGAGUCAAGCGAUGCGUAUAGUCCGCACUGUUGGACAAGCAUUCGAGGUGUGCCACAAGAUGCAGACCCCAGAUCAGCCAGUUGCAUCCACCUCGUCUGCUGCAGAUGAACAAGUUUCGGUUCACGCAAGCGAAGCGGGGACGUCUAAAGUCACAGUUACGGAUUGCGCUUCGCAAACUGCACCAUCGACAUCGAAGGAUGGUAAUAACCACGUAGAAGUAACAAGACCUAAGACGCUAGAUCUUCUCCCGCCACCACCAAAGAAAGAGAGCAAACGGGCACAGGCAAAAGUUCCAAGCAUCAACCUCCCAGACCUACCGGAGUGCAUCACCAAAGUCGAGAUCUCAUCAAUGCCUGAAGGCGACGUUGCCACACCACUAACCGCCCAGCAUCAGCUACAACUGUUGAAGGAGAGGCUCGAACAACAGGCGCAACAAACCAGAGCAGCUGUUGCGCAACUUAUGCUGUUGCGCGACCAGCUCGCCGCUGAACAAGCUGCUCGCUGCGAGGCUCAGGCCCGGACUCACCAGCUCUUAGUUCACAACAAAGAGCUUUUAGAACACAUUUCGGCCCUGGUGUCCCAUUUGCAAGAAAGAGAGAAAGGAUCUUCGCCUAUUAGUGCACGACAACUUAAUCUUAUACCGCAGGCAAGGUCGUCCGGAAGCCUCGACACCUUUAAAGAUGAAGGUUCUGUUUGCAACGGGGACUCCCCGAAAAGCGAAGAUCUCAUCUUCAGCUUGGCGCCGGGCAAAUCUAACGGCAAAGACAACAGCAACAUGCGUUUCUCCACGUAUUGCCUGACCCCAACCUCCCCAGAGAAACGGAAUGUGCCCAGCUCCGCCCCGAACUUCGGAUCGAUGUCCAACGAGCAAAUACAAAAUUAUCUGAUCGCCAAAUUCCAAGAUAUGGCCUUCGGCGACGAGGAUGCAAAGUCGAACAACAACCAACAUUUCUAUCAAAACUGUAACGCGUUCCCCAACAUCCCCCCGCUUACCAAUCACUAUAGCAACUCGGAUCUAUCGAGCCUGUUAAACCACCAGGUGUAUAAUCAAAGCUCGAAAUCAUCAGAUGAGCAAGGAGCUAUGGCUCAAGCUAUGAGCGUUGGACAUUCACAGAACUCCCUCUACAGUACGAGUCAAGCGUCAACCUCCAAGGAUUCUUCACCAGAUGCUCUCAGUUCAGAUGACGGGAUGGCUUUUAUUAUGCCACUAUCGCAUAAUGGGACGUUGACUGCGACGGGUGACGACGGUCGUGUUAGGUUGAUCGUACCUGUUAGUCCAUCAGAGAGUACUUCAGAUAUUGCUGAAGCAUUGCCAGAGAAGGAGAAAUUUGGGGCAACUUUGAAGGUACCAGGUGCUGAAGCCCCGGCUGCCCCGAUAACUCGGACGACUAGCGAAAAGGUGCCUAAUAGAAGCGAAAUGAUGACAGCAUUGCGUUCCCAAUGGACAAGGCACACUACUAAAGCUGAGAUUACAACGGAACACAAACCGACACGUCUAGUGGCCGAAACAAAUGCAAUACACCGAUUGAGUCAUGCGGAGCGGCAAAGCGACCCAAAGAAAGCUCAGUACGCGGCGAAUGAAAUUGGGCGAAAAGUCGCGCGAAUGGCAAUUCGCACUGUGCGAAGCGUUUUAAAACUGACCAAUGCGUUGUCUUCAAGUGCAAAGAUAGACAGAUGGUUUUCUCUCCUGCCCACGGCGGCGACACUGUCGCGACCUGAAAGCGGCUUCGUCUCUGGUGUAGAAGACACAGACACCGCCCUAGCUGAAGCAAGGAGUCUUCUCCUCCAAAUGGGUGUUAAGAAGAAAAGAAGACUUCUACCUCGGUUUACGCGACGCAAGAUACUAGCAAAUAAACAUACAGUGCUUUAG